AUGGCUGAGGACAACGCGUCGUUCUCCACCGUGCCCGAUACACCGGGCAGCGAGGCUGGGCCGCCCCUCCUGGCGCCCGUCCGGCGCCCCGGGGCCGCGGGCCGCCGGCGCCAGCGCUACGUGGAGAAGGACGGCAAGUGCAAUGUGCAGCACGGCAACGUGCGCGAGACCUACCGCUACCUCACCGACAUCUUCACCACCUUGGUGGACCUCAAGUGGCGCUUCAGCCUCCUCGUCUUCAUCCUGGCCUACGCCGUCACCUGGCUCUUCUUCGGCCUCAUCUGGUGGUUCAUCGCCUACAGUCGCGGCGACCUGGACCACCUGGAGGACCACACAUGGACACCGUGCGUCAACAACCUCAAUGGCUUCGUCUCGGCCCUCCUCCUCUCUAUCGGCUACGGCCACCGCGUCAUCACGGACCAGUGCCCCGAGGGCAUCGUGCUGCUGCUGCUCCAGGCCAUCCUGGGCUCCAUGGUGAACGCCUUCAUGGUGGGCUGCAUGUUCGUGAAAAUCUCGCAGCCCAACAAGCGGGCCGAGACGCUCGUGUUCUCCUCGCACGCCGUGGUGUCGCUGCGCGACGAGCGCCUCUGCCUCAUGUUCCGCGUGGGCGACCUGCGCGACUCGCACAUCGUCGAGGCCUCCAUCCGCGCCAAACUCAUCCGUUCCAAGCAGACGCAGGAGGGCGAGUUCAUCCCGCUCGACCAGACCGACCUGAGCGUGGGCUUCGAGACGGGUGACGACCGCCUCUUCCUCGUCUCGCCCCUCAUCAUCAGCCACGAGAUCGACGAGCGCAGCCCCUUCUGGGACGUGUCGCGGCAGCAGCUCGAGAAGGACGACUUCGAGAUCGUCGUUAUCCUCGAGGGCAUGGUGGAGGCCACGGGGAUGACGUGCCAGGCGCGGAGCUCCUACCUGGUGGACGAGGUGCUGUGGGGCCACCGCUUCACGUCGGUGCUGAGCCUCGAGGACGGCUUCUACGAGGUGGACUACGGCAGCUUGGGAUCCACCACCUCGGAGAAUGGGGGCGGCAAGAGGAAGCAGAAGGAGAAGGAGCUGGAUGAGCUGAAGAAGGAGGUGAACCUGGACGACCACAAACUGUCCCUGGAUGAGCUGGGCAGGAAGUACCAGGUGGAUCUGUCCAGGGUGAGAUGUUCUGCUGUGUCCCCUGCCUAG